GCCACUGCCGACGUUUGUCCACUCAGGGACACCAUACGAGUUACGUGCCCACAGCUCUCGCUCGCUUGCUGGCAAGUAUAGCGUCUAUUCCACCGCUACCAAACGUGCUGCCAGUAUGAAGGGAGAGAACCUCUCCUCUCUGUGCACCCCCGCUCUGGUGCUGGAUGUGGACAAAGUGAAGAGAAAUGCCCAGAGGAUGAUCGAGAACUGUCAGAACUUGGGGGUCCAGCUUCGGCCUCACAUGAAGACCCACAAAACCCUUGAGUGUGCUGACAUCAUGACAGGUGGAUCCCGGAGGUGCAUUGUGGUCUCAACACUUGCAGAGGCCUGCUUCUACGCCGACAAUGGAUUUGAUGACAUCCUCUAUGCAUACCCUCUUCCCUUCGAUAAGGUGGAGCGCUGUGCAGUCCUCUCAGAAAGGCUGGAUCUCUUCCAGAUUGUAUUGGAUCAUCCUCAUGCUCUGGAUGCUCUCAAAAAGAGACCCCUGAGAGAAGGUCGUCUGUGGCAUGUCUGGCUCAAACUCGACUGUGGCAAUGGUAGAGCUGGUGUCCUGCACUCUGAGCCUGAGGCGCUCAGGUUGGCUCAGGCCAUCGUUGAGACGAAGGGUGUGGAGUUAACAGGGGUGUAUGCUCACUGUGGGAACAGCUAUAACAGCAGAGGAGUGGAGCAGAUACAGGCCGUCGCCCAGGAAACCACUGAUUUGACUCUGCAAUUCAUGGAAAAACUGAAGGCUGCUGGUAUCACCUGUAAGUCCAGCAUUGGCUCCACCCCUUCAUGUAGUCACCCAGUGAAAGACAUGGGAAAGCUCAGCGAAGUGCAUCCUGGGAACUAUGUAUUCUAUGAUGUACAGCAGUCUGUGAUUGGCUCGUGCAGUCUGAAGGAAGUCGCUGUGAAGGUUUUGACGAGAGUCAUUGGACACUGUCCUCACAGGAACCAGCUCUUGAUCGACUGUGGAUGGUGUGGACUCAGUCUAGACGGAGCUGGAAAACUUCCCACUGGAUAUGCUGUGAUUGAAGGACACCCAGACCUCAAGUUGUUGUCUAUGACCCAGGAGCACGGUAGAGUGGAGCCCAUCUCAGGACCGCUGGACUACAGUAAAUUCCCCCUGGGCUCUCUGCUCACUCUGAUCCCCUACCAUUCCUGUGCAACUGCAGUGAUGCAUCCUGUAUACCAUGUGCACUCUGAGGGCCGUCUGCUGGGCAAGUGGACACCUACACGUGGGUGGUGAACAGCUAGCCAACUUGUCAAUCAUGUCACCUGUAAUUCAUUCAAAAAUAUAAGUGUGGAGGUCCUCCAAAACCACUGAUUUAAUAACAGUUUGUGUACUUUUGUAGAACUUAUUCCGAAAUGUUUUGUAUGUGAGGCAAUUUGAUUAAAAACUGUAGAAAAAAUACAAACAUGUAUGCUUUUAAAUGUUUAAAUAAAUAAAAGCUGUAGCACUA